GGUGAGAGUAGCAACACCUAUCUUCCCCUGCCGUUCACCUGGAUUUCGGAGGCUGGACUAGGUUGUGAUGGCCAAACCAGGUCCAAACGCGGCGGAGCUGUCCACCCUGCGUGCCAUAUCCUUCCGUCUCUCGUCAACCUCAAGCACCCAGUUGCCGCAACAGGUUCCGGCCAUCACCGCGUCACUGGCCAAUUGUAAGUCUUUACUCUCGUCAACACAGGCUUCUGGAUCCCAAUCAGCUUCGGAGGCUUCCGUAGCUGUUCACAAGUAUCGGACUCUACUUUCGACUCUCCUUCAGGACCGCACCGUUCAGGGCAGAUGGACAGCAAUCGUCUUGGUCAAGGCCAGCCUUGAAGUUGGAGGGUGGGAGACCCUUCAAAAGAGUCUCCCGUGGGUCCGCGGCCUCCUAGGAGUUCUCUCGAAGCCGGAUCCUCCGUCUUCGAAAAGACUAUGUCUGAUUACGCUAACCCGCAUCUUUAUCCUCACCCGGGACUAUCCCACACUGGUCCGGGAGAUUGCAACACCGUCUUUACCGGCCUACAUCCAGGCAUGCUUGCAACUCAUCUCGUCGGGACCUCCAGCGAGCCUGUUAGAGACGAUCCUGGAAAGCUUCAACCAACUGCUCCCAAGACAUCCGACCAUAUUUCGUACCUACAUCAAGCAGCUUCAGCAACUCCUCGGACAGCUCAUGGCCCCAACACCAUCCAGCAAGAUCAGCAGAGAACAGUUGCGGGGACAGAGGCUUGCGACUUCUUCUGAGAUUUCGGAAAGUGCUCGGCGACUAUAUGUCCAGUUGGCGUGCUGUGCGCCCAAAGGGGCCUCAAGUGAAGAGUGGGCCAAGUCACUGAAGGACACAAUCACGAACACCCAUCGGAUUGCAGAUAAAGUUUUUCGAGCCGUGGUGGAAGAAUGGCAACCCAUUCAUACGGCUCCUGCCCCUGUCAAUGGCCAUACUCUGGAGGAUGAAGUGCAAGAUCUCGAGCAAGACGUGCUUCAUCUACCUCCCUGGUCUGGCAUUCAUGCUGGUGGCGAAAGGCUUAUAGGUCUUCUUCACCUGGUCAGGGAGUAUCUGCGCACUCCCACGGCCGGCGCGAUUAAUCUGCAGAUGAGCUUUAUUGUGGAUCUUCUCACAAGGAUGCUCUCCCUCGCAGUCCCGGCAGCAUCGGGACCCGCAUCUUUGCCCAACGCUGUGCGAUUCAACAAUCAAGUCAGCAAGGAAGAGCGCGAAAUCUUAUGGAGCAUCUUACCCCAGGUGCACGUUGCUGCCUUGGAGGUGCUCAUAGUCCUGACGUGUCGAUUUGAGAAGAGUGCCGUCGGCCUCGAACUCAUCGUUCUCGAUCAGUUGACGUGGAUAUUUGGAUCAGAGAAGGGUGACGUACACAUUCGUGCUGUCUGUUACCGUGCACUCGCACAACUCCUUCACCGUUGCGGGGCAGCUCUUCCGAAGUCAUCUAUUGACACCCUCUCUCCUCUCAUCCGCAGGUGUUGCGAAGACGUUCUCCCUAUGGAAUCAACAAGCUCCGGGGCACCUCACACUCCGUCUCCGGGUAAUGAAAAUGGCAGUAGGAAGCCUGCCAUGUCGACAAAUGCGGAUGCUUUUUUGAAGUCUCCUUUGAGUCAAAGGGGACUCGCUGCAGGCUAUGCUGGGCUCCAACAGAGUGCGAUGCAACUUUUACCCGUCCUCCUUUCGAAGAUAAGGGCACAUAACUUGUCGGACUCGUUGAGAAUGCGCAUGGAUCGUACCGCCAUUCUCACUCAGCACAAGGACGCCAUGAUUGCCAGCGUGCUGAACCCUCCUCCCAGCAAGAAAUUUGGUAAACCGGCCGCGAGCAUUUUACCCCUUCUGGCAAGAUCUUUUUCCGGUGAAGCAGAUGUAGAGAUCGUCCUUCGACCUAGGAUGCCUGUGCUUCGCACCGGGCGUUCCGAAUCCGAUGAUUCUUCAGACAUGGAAGCCGAAGCCGAGGAGGUGGAAGAGGAGGCAGGGGAGGAAGCGGAGGAGCAGGUUGCUAGCGAAGAGCUCGACGUGACUCUUGACCCUGUAGCUGAAACCAGGAAUCAUAUUUCGACGACGUUGCAGGCUGAGCAUACUCCCCAGGUGCACCUGCCCGAACCCGAACUGCCUCCGCCAGCUCCCGCUUUCGAGACCACACAGUCCGUGGAGGGUAAACCUGACUCCUCCCCAAGUAUCAGUGUAGGCAAACGGCCGCAGACUGGCGAUAUUCCGCAAUUACCCGCAAAGCGUGUGAAGAUGGACGAACCGGAGCAGCCGUACCAAGUGGUGCCUCCAGCAACCACGCUACAGAAAGUCACAGUCUCGUCGGUUUCAGUGCCUUCAUGUGCGCCAGCAGCCCAGGAGAUUCAUGCCGAUGAUAGUGAAGGCGACGACGACGAUUUUGGUGAAUUGGUGUUGGGCCAGGAUACCGAUGAAGAAGCGGACGUCUAGUUAAAGUCCUCCGG